AUGAUUAGUAUUCCAGUUACCAUUGCCAAGAGAACAUUUACUUCAACAACUAAAAGACUAGACUUUGCUAAAAUAGCUAUUAUUGGCCGUAUUGGUAGUGAUUUGGUGGAACAUACCACAAACGCCACAAACAAACCAUUUUUAAAAUAUUCCAUUGUUUCUCAAGCUAGUAAGAAGUACCAGCCAAAUUGGUUUAAUGUUACCGUAUUUGAUGACAAUCAAGUUAAAUUCAUGGAACAAUAUGUAAUUAAAGGUUCAAAAGUUUAUAUUGAGGCUGAUGUUACUCAAAAUAAGUAUGAAAAGGAAGAUGGUACUACUGGGUUCUCUUUUAAUUUUGUUCAAAGACAAAUUAAUUUGUUACAAACACCAAGAAAUGCUACUGCUUCUGAAGAUGGGAAUAACAAUUGA